AGUCCGGCGGCGCUCUGAGAGGCGGCAGAGUCCGCACGCUGGCCCCAGCCCGGGCCCGGCCCGCACCGCCGCGUCUGGGGGAAGCGGGAGAGUCGGUAAUCGCUUCGGGGAUGUAAGAAGACAGACCCCAGGCCCGCGUCCGCGCCCCUCGGCUGCCUCCCGGGGUGGGGGCGGGUCCCGCACACGGUAAGACCUCUUGCUUUUCGCUCGGGCUCAGGAGUCAAGAUAGAGAUCUAUUUGUAAAAUUUUCCGUCAUCCUUCCAAGUCAUCAGGCCACCGAUGGUUUUGGUUCUCCCUUGAAUCUCUCUCUCCUUCCCCAUCGGCUCGACCGACCUACUCUCCCGCCGCUUAGAAAUAAAACUUGUGCUGAGCUGGGGAAGAGAAGGCGCCGGUCGCGGGAGCCGGGCCCAUGGGCUGCUAGCGUCUCCCCAGCUCCGGCCCGCGUCCCUGCGGUCCCUCCCCAUGUGAGGCGCGUAAGGGCGAGCGGGGCGCGGGAGGAAGAGGAGGACCCACGGGCGCUGGGCCGGAAGACAACUGGCAGCAGGCCCAGGCAAGCGGGCAUCCGCGUUCAUGUUCCGCCAGGAGCAGCCGCUGGCCGAGGGCAGCUUCGCGCCCAUGGGCUCCCUGCAGCUGGACGCGGGCAACACGAGCUGGAAUGGGACCGAGGCGCCGGGGGGCGGCGCCCGGGCCACCCCUUACUCCCUGCAGGUGACGCUGACUCUGGUGUGCCUGGCCGGCCUGCUCAUGCUGCUCACGGUGUUCGGCAACGUGCUGGUCAUCAUCGCCGUGUUCACGAGCCGCGCACUUAAGGCGCCCCAGAACCUCUUUCUGGUGUCUCUGGCCUCGGCCGACAUCCUGGUGGCCACGCUUGUCAUCCCUUUCUCCCUGGCCAACGAGGUCAUGGGCUACUGGUAUUUCGGCAAGGCGUGGUGUGAGAUCUACCUGGCACUCGACGUGCUCUUCUGCACCUCGUCCAUCGUGCACCUGUGCGCCAUCAGCCUGGAUCGCUACUGGUCCAUCACGCAGGCCAUCGAGUACAACCUGAAGCGCACGCCGCGCCGCAUCAAGGCCAUCAUCGUCACCGUGUGGGUCAUCUCGGCCGUCAUCUCCUUCCCGCCACUCAUCUCCAUCGAGAAGAAGGGCGGCGGCGGCGGCCAGCAGCCGACCGAGCCGCGCUGCGAGAUCAACGACCAGAAGUGGUACGUAAUCUCGUCGUGCAUCGGCUCCUUCUUCGCGCCCUGCCUCAUCAUGAUCCUGGUCUACGUGCGCAUCUACCAGAUCGCCAAGCGCCGCACCCGCGUGCCACCCAGCCGCCGGGGUCCGGACGCCGCCGCCGCCACCUCCGCGCCGCCGGGGGGCGCCGAGCGCAGGCCCAACGGCCUGGGCCCGGAGCGCGGCGUGGGCCCCUUGGGCGCCGAGGCCGAGCCGCUGCCCGCCCAGCUCAACGGUGCCCCCGGGGAGCCCGCGCCCGCAGGGCCCCGCGACGCCGACGCUCUGGACUUGGAGGAGAGCUCGUCCUCCGAGCACGCCGAGCGGCCCCCGGGACCCCGCAGGUCCGAGCGCGGCCCCCGGGCCAAGGGCAAGCCCCGGGCGAGCCAGGUGAAGCCCGGGGACAGCCUGCCCCGGCGUGGGCCGGGGGCGACGGGGCCCGGGGCGUCGGCGGCGGGGCCCGGGGAGGAGCGCGGCGGGGGCGCCAAGGCGUCGCGCUGGCGCGGGCGGCAGAACCGCGAAAAGCGCUUCACGUUCGUGCUGGCCGUGGUCAUCGGCGUGUUCGUGGUGUGCUGGUUCCCCUUCUUCUUCACUUACACGCUCACGGCCGUGGGCUGCUCCGUGCCGCGCACGCUUUUCAAGUUCUUCUUCUGGUUCGGCUACUGCAACAGCUCCCUGAACCCGGUCAUCUACACCAUCUUCAAUCACGACUUCCGCCGCGCCUUCAAGAAGAUCCUCUGCCGGGGGGACAGGAAACGGAUCGUGUGAGCGCGGGGUCCGCGACCCGCCGACAGGCUGGCGCCCACGGCAGUCAGCGGGGAUGGAGGGAGCAUCUGUAUAGCCCCAGCACACUGAAACCCGGGUCCUGCCUGCUCCGUGGCCUCGGUUCAUCCCUCUCAGGGAAAAGUACCGGCUGAGAGGAUCACAGGUCCCCAGUUGUUACCAGGGCCGCUUGUGACUUGGAGCGGUCUUCUGGGUUGUUGGGUCCCCCGAAUCAGUAUUGUUUCCUAAAGGCAUUUCCACCUCCCCUGAGUCCAGCUCUCCGUGCAGAUCAGAGCAAGCAAACACGGGGCCGCAGAGGGUAGGGCUCACAACGGAUUAAUGGAUGGGGUUACCCAGCCCUGGCUGAUGGCUCUCCCUCUUCCCCCUGACUCUGUUUUUAAAACAAAUGCUCAGGGCAGCCCUGCCCAUCCCCCCACCCCCCACUGUAAAUAUACACUAUUUUUGAUAGUACUCGCUAGGACCCCCAAUGUCUGGGCUUUCAGUGCUGUUGGAGAUGCCCUUGAGGCAGAUACAUGGUCUUUGGUUCAGGCCAAGCCCCUUUGUAAUGCAAGUCCUUUUCUGGUGUCAUUACCUCCUUCUGGGUCCUUUUCGCCAGCAACUGGUGACUGUCCCUUGGACCUGGACCUGCUUUGAGAUUUCCUGAGGGGAAAAAGAUUUCUGUCCAUUUUUUCCUGUGCCUAACAGCAUAAUUGCCUUUUCCUAUGUAAAUACUACAACGAAGGACCAAGACAGAAGUAAAUGAACCUUUCUGCCCUGCAGCAGCCCUGUGUAUAAAGCCAUUAUCCUCUGAUGCACCCUUUGCCCCAGCAACUCACUUGAAAAGUAUCUCUUUCCUGUGUUCCUCCCUCCCUGGCCCCCUCCUUCCUUCUCUCCAGGGCCACUGCUUGAAGAAUAUGUAUGUUUCUAUCUUGUAUGUUCCUGCACCUGCCCCUCCCUCCCCAAAAGUGCUGACUGCAAGAAAUCUUUUAGCUGCUGUUUUUAGGCGGAGGAGGAGUGGAAAUUAUGUGGAAGAAGCAAACCUGAUACAAUUUGCCCAAGGUAAACAGUUUGCAAAGACAAAUGAGCCUGCCAAACUGUACAGUUCCCGCCCCAAGAGCUCUUAGGUAUCAAAGUGUUGUCCUUCCCUCCUGCUUUUCUGGUUGAGAUCAUGUCAUUCAGUGAUGAACUCCGCAAAUCAAGGGAGGAGGGCGGAGACCUUGUGUUUACAUCUGAGUUUCUACGUGUUUUAGACAGAGACUCUCUAAGGCCUGCGCUCUUAUUUCACUAAAGACAAACUAAUGUCAGCACAUGUUGCUAAUGA